CGGGAAUCGAGCGUCCCGCCACGUCAGUCACCGGCCCGGAACCUAUCCCGGGCUUGGCGGAUCCUGAGGGGGCCUCAUUGUGCCGGGAAGAGGCCUGAGGAGAAAGAAGGCCUCUCUUCCCCCGCUCCUGGAGCAGCGCCCCGAAAACCUGCCCGGGCACACCGGGCUCCCCUGACCCGCCAAACACGGAGAGAACCGUUGGUUACCUCCGGGGAACGCCGGCCAGUUUGUUUUUGGAAGCUUUGUGCAUCCGGUAUUGGGAUUUCUGAUCCAGGCUGAGAAUUUCGGCCUGGAGAAUAGCAAAUGUGCUUGUUUCUAUAGGACCUGCUCCUCACCUAGCAUUGCAAACCGCAAUGAAGAACCAAGACAAAAAGAAUGGGGCUGCCAAGCAAUCAAGCAACACUCCCCACUCAAAAAGCAACGCGGGGCAAGCGGAAGCUGGACCAGGGGGAGCCCAGGGGCUGCCCAGCCAGUCGGCCUCUGCGACAGAAGCUGAAGGUUCCACCAGCCAGACUCCAGGGAACACUGAGGGAGCACAAGCCAAAAACUCUCAGUCUGGGGCCCUCCGUGAUGUCUCUGAGGAGCUGAGCCGCCAGUUGGAAGACAUCCUGAGUACAUACUGUGUGGACAACAAUCAGGGGGGCCCAGGUGAGAAUGGUGCACAGGGUGAGCCUGCUGAACCUGAAGAUGCAGAGAAGUCCCGGACCUAUGCCUCAAGGAAUGGAGAGCCUGAACCAGAAACCCCAGUAGUCAAUGGUGAGAAGACCUCCAAGGGAGAGCCAGGCACAGACGAGAUCCGAGCAGGUGAUGAGGUGGUAGACCGAAACCACCGAAGGCCACAGGAAAAGAAGAAAGCCAAGGGUUUAGGAAAGGAGAUUACAUUAUUGAUGCAGACAUUGAACACGCUGAGUACCCCAGAGGAGAAGCUGGCAGCUCUGUGCAAGAAGUAUGCUGAACUGCUGGAGGAGCACCGGAACUCCCAGAAGCAGAUGAAGCUCCUGCAAAAGAAGCAGAGCCAGCUAGUGCAGGAAAAGGACCACCUGCGCGGUGAGCACAGCAAGGCCAUCCUGGCCCGCAGCAAACUCGAGAGCCUGUGCCGUGAGUUGCAGCGCCACAACCGUUCCCUCAAGGAAGAAGGCGUGCAGCGGGCCCGGGAGGAGGAGGAAAAACGCAAGGAGGUGACCUCGCACUUCCAGGUGACACUGAAUGACAUUCAGCUACAAAUGGAGCAGCACAAUGAGCGCAAUUCCAAGCUGCGCCAGGAGAACAUGGAGCUGGCUGAAAGGCUCAAGAAGCUGAUUGAGCAGUAUGAGCUGCGAGAGGAGCAUAUCGACAAAGUCUUCAAACACAAGGACCUGCAGCAGCAGCUGGUGGACGCCAAGCUCCAGCAGGCCCAGGAGAUGCUGAAGGAGGCAGAGGAGAGGCACCAGCGGGAGAAGGAUUUUCUCCUCAAAGAGGCAGUGGAGUCCCAGAGGAUGUGCGAGCUGAUGAAGCAGCAGGAGACCCACCUGAAGCAGCAGCUUGCGCUGUACACGGAGAAGUUUGAGGAGUUCCAGAAUACUCUUUCCAAAAGCAGUGAGGUGUUCACCACAUUUAAACAAGAGAUGGAAAAGAUGACUAAGAAGAUCAAGAAGCUGGAGAAAGAAACCACCAUGUACCGGUCCCGGUGGGAGAGCAGCAACAAGGCCCUGCUGGAGAUGGCUGAGGAGAAAACACUCCGGGACAAAGAGAUGGAGGGCAUGCAGGUGAAAAUCCAGCGGCUGGAGAAGCUGUGCCGGGCACUGCAGACAGAACGCAAUGACCUGAACAAGAGGGUACAGGACCUGAGUGCUGGUGACCGGGGUCCCCUCACUGACAGCGGGCCUGAGCAAAGGCCAGAGGAGCAGGGUUGCGAGGGGCCUGGAGCCCAAGCACCUGGCUCUCCAGGAGCCACAGAAGCUCCUUGCUGCCCUGGAGCACCAAGCACAGAAGAAUCAGGCCAAACAGGGCCCCAGGAGCCCACCUCCACCACCGCCUAGGGAGCCUGGCCCUGGGGGCAUGCUGGGAAGGGAGCAAGCAGCCCAGCGAGGCCUGGUCCGUGCAAGGCUCCCACUGCUAAGCAGUCCAGUGCUGAGGCCCAGGGUGCUCUGACCUGGCAGGCAUCUGGCACUUUGCAGUCUGAAUUUCUUGGGUCAGCUUUACGUACAUAUGACAUGUGCUAGGCCUCAUGCAUUUAUAUGUUAAGUGUAAAACAGGCUUGCUUUGGAUGGAGAUGGUGUGUGUACAGAUGAAGUCAGUGGCUCUUCUGUGAGCUGAAGAGUCUUAAAGAGAAGCCAUCAUCUGUAGCUGCCUUCACAGUGACCUGGCAGGACAAGGGACUUGAACAUUUCCCUGCCUGAUUUGAGGCUCAGACCCCUCCCCUCCCUGCCCUUCAGGGAUCAUGACAAGUGACACACCCAAGCUUUGACUGUGUUUCUCUUGUUAGCAGCAUUUGGGCAGCUCUGGCUCUCCUAGCUCCCCUGGAAGCUCCUUUGCUUUUCUUAACAUGAAAAAGGGUCCCCAGGCAGAGCCUUGGCAGGGCACUCAGAGCUGGUGAUCAAACCAUUUCCUGCCUCGGACAAGGAAUCUGGAGAAUGUUUCUGUGUGGGAUGAUGUGCUGGUAGGGAGCCCCUUGGGCACUGCUUCCCCUGCCCUGUGGUUGUGCCAGGACCAGGCCAAUGACGCUUCUCAGUAGCCUUAUCAUUCACAGGUGCCUCUCUAGCCUGCACAAAUGAUUGAUGAGAUCACCCAAAGGAUUCUUUCUGAAGGUUCUUCUGUUUUCAUUGCACAUGACAGUGUUUGUAGUAAGGAUCUUCUGAGGAGGGAGAAGGAGGAGUGCUCUAGCAGUGGUGCCUGGGUUCCUGGCCUCCAGUGCCCCACCACCCUCCCCACCCACCUGGCACUUUUGUCAUGUUGGUGCUUAGGUUUCCUGUUUGAUGAAAUCAAAUUGUAGUAAGAGAAAGGAAAGGGCUUCUGAUGGCCUUACCAGAAGCUUACCUAUGGGUUUUAAUCCUGAAAGGCCACCGCCAAUUCCCACCACCGUCCUCAUGCAGCAGUUUCUGGGCCCCAGGAACAACUGUCCCCGGUGGCUUUGUGAGUCUGUUUCUGCUUCCUGCCCUGUGCAGUCCUUGAGAUUUGCUCUAGUUCCAUUGUCCAAGGAAUAAGAGCUGAGGUAUGUCCUUGACAUCCCACUUCUUCCUGUGUGGGAGCCCCAACUCUUGCCUGACAGCUGAUGGAUAAAAAUGAGAACUAAAUCCCAGAAAUCCACAAAAUGGCUGCAGAUAUGUGUCUGUCCCCAUCCCAUACCCCAUAUCCCCCCUCCCCUUAAAUGUUACUCUGUGCUCUGAAAGUUCUGCUGGUUACAAAUUUGCCUAGGGUAUUAGCCUGUCUUUAUACAGGGUAUUAGCCUGUCUUUAUACAGAGCAAUUUUCUGGAACAACAAAAUGAGUCUGGAUCAGGAAGCAGGGCUCUGCUGGGCUUGGGGUAUUGUAACCCUCCAGCUGGGCCUUGGCUUCAGCAUAGCUGAGGGAGCCACAAACCAAGGUGGAUAGGAUGAUUGAGCUGCUUCUCACUGUAUUUUCCUGAAGCUAAUUCAUUAUACAGGUCCUUUCAUCUGUACAACUAGUCCAUUCUUUCAGCCCUUAAAUCCCCCUCGUAAAAUAGGUUCGUGAAGAGUAUUAUGUACUCCUGAACCAUGUUCUUACUGACCAGAGAUGGCAAGUGAAAGGUACACCAUUUCUCCUCUGCCCCCACAGUAGGUACCACUAAUCUGCUUCAGAGUAUUUCCUGCUUAUCCUGGUAUUUCCUCAUUUCUCAAGGUUCCCUCAGCAGCCAGUAUAAGUGCUGAGACCUGUUUACCAUCUCUGGCUGAGAUACUGCUCUCCUGUGGAGAAGUGUUUCCCAAGGUCUUUUCUUCCCCCCCUGAAAUGCUUGUGUCUAGAAUGGUCCCUGAACAUGCCUCUUCCAGUUCCAGUAAGGCUCCCUCCUGGCCCCUGUGCCAGGCUGAGGUACACAAGAGCUGUCAACCCCAUACAGGGUUUGCUGGGCUAUGGAAGCACAGAAGAGGCAGAAGCUUCUGCCCGCCCCUUUAAGAUCAGGUGGCCCACGAUUGCCUGCCUCACUUUAGCUACCUCUUAAAGCCGAUGGUGUUAGGGAGAAGGGGGCUGUUGGAGCCCAGUGUGGUGGGGUGGGAGCUCAGCACAGCAGCCCUUUGAACCAAGUCUAGCUACUGUGGAGCUAUAGUGAGCAAGGUGGCCCCAGCUGGGCUUCCCAGGUCAGAAUUAAUAGGCCCUGGGCAUCCAGGCCAGGCUAUAGGUAGGGUUCCCAUUCCUCUAACUCCAUUGACCAAAUCUUAAUCACUACAGCUGCUCUGCUUGCUCUGCUUUCCAAAGCCAGCCCAGGUACUUGAGUGCUGCCCACACCAGCCAGGCACCUGGGCCAGAUGCAGGGGAUGUGGCCUAUCUGAAGGCCGGUGCCUUCCUCACUAGGGCAGGUCCCAUGCACAUGACCUCCAUUCUAGGACCAAGAGCUGUGUUGGUUUCUUAGAUUGCUAGCUUUUCCUCCAAGGGACCACAGCAGGUGAAGCUCACAGCACAGAGCCCUUGGCUCUGCUGACAGUUGUUUGUGUUCAGGACCUUGUCCAGCUGAGAGCUUCAUGUACACCAGAUUCUGAGAGGUGUCAGCAGCACUUUUUUUGUUUGCUUUCCAUGAGGUUUUUGGACCAUGGGCUGAGCUCAGGCACUUUUCUGUAAGAGAAUGUUAUGUCUGUAAAGAUGGUUAUUUUCCCUCCUCCACCCCAUUGUGGUGGCCCUGCAGAGGGCUGACCAAGAGGCCAUGGAGCUGCCCUGGUGUCUAUGGGGGAGGGCCAAGGCCUGCUGAGUUGAUGCUCCAGCUGCUGCUCCAGCCUUCCUACCUUGCACAGCACAGAGGGUCACCCCAGGGACAGCCAGGCACCUGCCUGGGGGAGGGGUGCAGCCAUCUGUCACUGUAACUGCUUCCCUUAUGGCCUAACUUGGCCUCCCAGAUUUGUUUGAAGCUGUGCUGACAGCUUUUUUUGGUCUCCUUUUGGUAUUCACAACAGCCAAGGACUUGAUUUUGAUGUAUUUUAAACCACAUUAAAUAAAGAGUCUGUUGCCUUA